UUCAUGGUGCAAACUAGUCAGAAAGGGUGGCCUCUUUGUCAGUGCUUCGUUGGUGCUUUAUAGCAUUGUGAAUUGGAUAUGCUUUAGUUUUAUUUUACAUUAGUGUGUGUGUGUGCAUUACUGUGAUUUUGAUUUGUGCCACUAUGUCUUUUUCAUGGAGAACUUAUUUUAUUAUUCUGAUCUUACGCCAGUGUCAAGCUUCAGCUCAGAGUUCGGAAACAAAGACAAACAACUCUCUUACAACUACCCCAGAUGCAACCGUAACAACUAGUGACUCUGCCACAAUAGCUGAGAGGUCGGAAACAACCACAGACAACUCUCUUACAACCACUAGUGAUUCUGGCACAACAGCUGAGAGUUCGGAAACAACCACAGACAACUCUCUUACGACCACUAGUGAUUCUGGCACUACAGCUGAGAGUUCAGACACAACCACAGACAACUCUAUUACAACCACUAGUGAUUUUGGCACAACAGGUGAGAGUUCAGAAACAACCACAGACAACUCUCUUAUGACCACCAGGGAUUCUGCGACAACAGCUGAGAGUUCGGAAACAACCACAGACAAGUCUCUUACAACUACCCCAGAUGCAACCGUAACAACUAGUGAUUCUGGAUCAACAGCUGAGAGUUCGGAAAAAACCACAGACAACUCUCUUACAACUACCCCAGAUGCAACCGUAACAACUAGUGAUUCUGGAUCAACAGCUGAGAGUUCGGAAAAAACCACAGACAACUCACUUACAACUACCCCAGAUGCAACCGUAACAACUAGUGACUUUGCCACAACAGCUGUGAGUUCAGAAACAACCACAGACAACUCUCUUACAACCACUAGUGAUUCUGGCACAACAGCUGAGAGAUCGGAAACAACCACAGACAACUCUCUUACAACCACUCGUGAUACUGUCACAACAGCUGAGAGUUCGGAAACAACCACAGACAACUCUCUUAUGACCACUAGUGAUUCUGGCACUACAGCUGAGAGUUCAGACACAACCACAGACAACUCUCUUACAAUCACUAGUGAUUCUGGCACAACAGCUGAGAGUUCGGAAACAACCACUAGUCAUUCUGGCACUACAGCUGAGAGUUCGGAAACAACCACAGAAAACUAUCUUACAACCACUAGUGAUUCUGGCACAACAGCUGAGAGUUCGGAAACAACCACAGACAACUCUCUUAUAACGACUAGUGACUAUGGCACAACAGCUGAGAGUUCGGAAACAACCACAGACAACUCUCUUACAACCACGAGUGAUUCUGGCACAACAGGUGAGAGUUCAGAAACAACCACAGACAACUCUCUUACAACCACUAGUGAUUCUGGGACAACAGCUGAGAGUUCGGAAACAACCAAAGACAACUCUCUAAUGACCACUAGUGAUUCUGCGACAACAGGGGAGAAUUUGGAAACAACCACUGACAACUCUCUUACAACCACUAGUGAUUCUGGAACAACAGCUGAGAGUUCGGAAACAACCAAAGACAACUCUCUAAUGACCACUAGUGAUUCUGCGACAACAGGGGAGAAUUUGGAAACAACCACUGACAACUCUCUUACAACCACUAGUGAUUCUGGAACAACAGCUGAGAGUUCAGAAACAACCACAGACAACUCUCUUACGACCACCAGUGAUUCUGCGACAACAGCUGAGAGUUCGGACACAACCACAGACAACUCUCUUACAACUACCCCAGAUGCAACCGUAACAACUAGUGACUCUGGCACAACAGCUGAGAGUUCGGAAACAACCACAGACAACUCUCUUACAACCACUAGUGAUUCUGGCACUACAGCUGAGAGAUCAGACACAACCACAGACAACUCGAUGACAACCACUAGUGAUUCUGGCACAACAGGUGAGGGUUCGGAAACAACCACAGACAACUCUCUUACGACGACUAAUGAUUCUGGCACAACAGCUGAGAGUAUCGAAACAACCACAGACAACUCCCUUUCAACCUCUAGUGAUUCUGGCACAACAGCUGAGAGUUCAGAAACAACCACAGACAACUCUCUUACAACCACUAAUGAUUCUGGCACAACAGCUGAGAGUUCAGAAACAACCACAGACAACUCUCUUAUGACCACUAGUGAUUCUGCGACAACAGGUGAGAGUUCGGAAACAACCACAGACAACUCUCUUACAACCACUAGUGAUUCUGGCACAACAGCUGAGAGUUUGGAAACAACCACAGACAACUCUCUUACAACCACUAGUGAUUCUGGCACAACAGCUGAGAGUUCGGAAACAACCACAGACAACUCACUUACGACCACUAGUGAUUCUGGGACAACAGCUGAGAGUUCGGAAACAACCACAGACAACUCUCUUACGACCACCAGUGAUUCUGGAACAACAGCUGAGAGUUCAGAAACAACCACAGACAACUCUCUUACGACCACCAGUGAUUCUGCGACAACAGCUGAGAGUUCGGACACAACCACAGACAACUCUCUUACAACUACCCCAGAUGCAACCGUAACAACUAGUGACUCUGCCACAACAGCUGAGAGUUCGGAAACAACCACAGACAACUCUCUUACAACUACCCAAGAUGCAACCGUAACAACUAGUGACUCUGCCACAACAGCUGUGAGUUCAGAAACAACCACAGACAACUCUCUUACAACCACUAGUGAUUCUGUCACAACAGCUGAGAGUUCAGAAACAACCACAGACAACUCUCUUACAACCACUCAUGAUUCUGUCACAACAGCUGAGAGUUCGGAAACAACCACAGACAACUCUCUUAUAACCACUAGUGAUUCUGGCACAACAGCUGAGAGUUCGGAAACAACCAAAGAAAACUCUCUUACAACCACCAGUGAUUCUGCCACAACAGCUGUGAGUUCAGAAACAACCACAGACAACUCUCUUACAACCACUAGUGAUUCUGGCACAACAGCUGAGAGUUCAGAAACAACCACAGACAACUCUCUUACAACCACUCGUGAUUCUGUCACAACAGCUGAGAGUUCGGAAACAACCACAGACAACUCUAUUAUAACCACUAGUGAUUCUGGCACAACAGCUGAGAGUUCGGAAACAACCAAAGAAAACUCUCUUACAACCACUAGUGAUUCUGGCACAACAGCUGAGAGUUCAGAAACAACCACAGACAACUCUCUUACAACCACUCGUGAUUCUGUCACAACAGCUGAGAGUUCGGAAACAACCACAGACAACUCUCUUAUAACCACUAGUGAUUCUGGCACUACAGCUGAGAGUUCGGAAACAACCACAGAAAACUCUCUUACAACCACUAGUGAUUCUGGCACAACAGCUGAGAGUUCGGAAAUAACCACUAGUCAUUCUGGCACUACAGCAGAGAGUUCGGAAACAACCACAGACAAUUCUCUUACAACCACUGGUGAUUCUAGCACAACAGCUGAGAGUUCGGACACAACCACAGACAACUCUCUUACGACCACUAGUCAUUCUGGCACUACAGCUGAGAGUUCAGAAACAACCACAGACAACUCUCUUACAACCACUAGUGAUUCUGGCACAACAGCAGAGAGUUCGGAAACAACCACAGACAACUCUCUUACAAUCACUAGUGACUCUGCCACAACAGCUGAGAGUUCGGAAACAACCACAGACAACUCUCUAAUGACCACUAGUGAUUCUGCGACAACAGGUGAGAAUUCGGAAACAACCACUGACAACUCUCUUACAACCACUAGUGAUUCUGGCACAACAGCUGAGAGUUCAGAAACAACCACAGACAACUCUCUUACAACUACUAGUGAUUCUGCCACAACAGCUGAGAGUUCGGAAACAACAGACAACUCUCUUACAACCACUAAUGAUUCUGGCACAACAGCUGAGAGUUUGGAAACAACCACAGACAACCCACUUACGACCACUAGUGAUUCUGCCACAACAGCUGAGAGUUCGGAAACAACCACAGACAACUCUCUUACAACCACUAGUGAUUCUGCGACAACAGCUGAGAGUUCGGACACAACCACAGACAACUCUCUAAUGACCACUAGUGAUUCUGCGACAACAGGUGAGAGUUUGGAAACAACCACUGACAACUCUCUUACAACCACUAGUGAUUCUGGCACAACAGCUGAGAGUUCGGAAACAACCACAGACAACUCUCUUACAACCAUUAGUGAUUCUGGCACAACAGCUGAGAGUUCGGAAACAACAACACACAACUCUCUUACAACCACUAGUGAUUCUGGCACAACAGCUGAGAGUUUGGAAACAACCACAGACAACUCACUUACGACCACUAGUGAUUCUGGGCCAACAGCUGAGAGUUCGGAAACAACCACAGACAACUCUCUUACAACAACUAGUGAUUCUGGGACAACAGCUGAGAGUUCGGAAACAACCACAGACAUCUCGCCUACAACCACUAGUGAUUCUGGCACAACAGCUGAGAGUUCGGAAACAACCAGAGACAACUCUCUUACAACUACUAGUGAUUCUGGCACAACAGCUGAGAGUUCAGACACAACCACAGACAACUUUGGUACAACCACUAGUGAUUCUAGCACAACAGCUGAGAGUUCAGAAACAACCACAGACAACUCUCUUACAACCACUAGUGAUUCUGCCACAACAGCUGAGAGCUCGGACACAACCACAGACAACUCUGGUACAACCACUAGUGAUUCUGGCACUACAGCUGAGAGUUCAGACACAACCACAGACAACUCUCUUACAACCACUAGUGAUUCUGGCACUACAGCUGAGAGAUCAGACACAACCACAGACAACUCGAUUACAACCACUAGUGAUUCUGGCACAACAGCUGAGGGUUCAGAAACAACCACAGAAAACUCUCUUACAACCACUAAUGAUUCUGGGACAACAGCUGAGAGUUCAGAAACAACCACAGACAACUCUCUUAUGACCACUAGUGAUUCUGGGACAACAGCUGAGAGUUCGGAAACAACCACAGACAACUCUCUAAUGACCACUAGUGAUUCUGCGACAACAGCUGAGAGUUCGGAAACAACCACUGACAACUCUCUUACAACCACUAGUGAUUCUGGCACAACAGCUGAGAGUUCGGAAACAACCACAGAGAACUCUCUUACAACCACUAGUGAUUCUGGCACAACAGCUGAGAGUUCGGAAACAACCACAGACAACUCUGUUACAACAACUAGUGAUUCUGGCACAACAGCUGAGGGUUUGGAAACAACCACAGACAACUCUCUUACAACUACCCCAGAUGCAACUGCAACAACUAGUGACUCUGCCACAACAGCUGAGAGUUCAGACACAACCACAGACAACUCUCUUACAACCACUAGUGAUUCUGGCACAACAGCUGAGAGUUCAGACACAACCACAGACAACUCUCUUACAACCACUAGUGAUUCUGGCACAACAGCUGAGAGUUCAGAAACAACCACAGACAACUCUCUUACAACCACUAGUCAUUCUGGCACAACAGCUGAGAGUUUGGAAACAACCACAGACAACUCUCUUACAACCACUAGUCAUUCUGUCACAACAGCUGAGAGUUCGGAAACAACCACAGACAACUCUCUUACAACCACUAGUGAUUCUGGCACAACAGCUGAGAGUUCGGAAACAACCACAGACAACUCUCUUACAACCACUAGUGAUACUGGCACAACAGCUGAGAGUUCGGAAACAACCACAGACAACUCUCUUACAACCACUAGUGAUACUGGCACAACAGCUGAGAGUUCGGAAACAACCACAGACAACUCUCUUACAACCACUAGUGAUUCUGCCACAACAGCUGAGAGUUUAGAAACAACCACAGACAACUCUCUUACAACCACUAGUGACUCUGCCACAACAGCUGAGAGUUCAGACACAACCACAGACAACUCUCUUACAACCACUAGUGAUUCUGGCACAACAGCUGAGAGUUCAGACACAACCACAGACAACUCUUUUACAACCACUAGUGAUUCUGUCACAACAGCUGAAAGUUCAGAAACAACCACAGACAACUCUCUUACAACCACUAGUCAUUCUGGCACAACAGCUGAGAGUUUGGAAACAACCACAGACAACUCUCUUACAACCACUAGUGAUUCUGUCACAACAGCUGAGAGUUCGGAAACAACCACAGACAACUCUCUUACAACUACCCCAGAUGCAACUGCAACAACUAGUGACUCUGCCACAACAGCUGAGAGUUCAGACACAACCACAGACAACUCUCUUACGACCACUAGUGAUUCUGGCACAACAGCUGAGAGUUCAGAAACAACCACAGACAUCUCUCUUACGUCAACUAGUGAUUCUGGCACUACAGCUGAGAGUUCAGACACAACCACAGACAACUCUCUCACGACCACUAGUCAUUCUGGCACUACAGCUCAGAGUUCGGAAACAACGACAUACAACUCUCUUACAACCACUAGUGAUUCUGGCACAACAGCUGAGAGUUCGGAAACAACCACAGACAACUCUCUUACGUCAACUAGUGAUUCUCGCACUACAGCUGAGAGUUUAGACACAACCACAGACAACUCUCUCACGACCACUAGUGAUUCUGGCACAACAGCUGAGAGUUCGGAAACAACCACAGACAACUCUCUUACGACGACUAAUGAUUCUGGCACAACAGCUGAGAGUAUCGAAACAACCACAGACAACUCCCUUUCAACCUCUAGUGAUUCUGGCACAACAUCUGAGAGUUCAGAAACAACCACAGACAACUCUCUUACAACUACCCCAGAUGCAACUGCAACAACUAGUUACUCUGCCACAACAGCUGAGAGUUUGGAAACAACCACAGACAACUCUCUUACAACCACUCCUGAUUCUGGCACAACAGCUGAGAGUUCAGACAUAACCCCAGACAACUUUCUUACAACCACUAUUGAUUCUGGCACAACAGCUGAGAGUUCGGAAACAACCACAGAAAACUCUCUUACAACCACUAGUGAUUCUGGCACAACAGCUGAGGGUUCAGAAACAACCACAGAAAACUCUCUUACAACCACUAAUGAUUCUGGGACAACAGCUGAGAGUUCAGAAACAACCACAGACAACUCUCUUAUGACCACUAGUGAUUCUGGGACAACAGCUGAGAGUUCGGAAACAACCACAGACAACUCUCUAAUGACCACUAGUGAUUCUGCGACAACAGCUGAGAGUUCGGAAACAACCACUGACAACUCUCUUACAACCACUAGUGAUUCUGGCACAACAGCUGAGAGUUCGGAAACAACCACAGAGAACUCUCUUACAACCACUAGUGAUUCUGGCACAACAGCUGAGAGUUCGGAAACAACCACAGACAACUCUGUUACAACAACUAGUGAUUCUGGCACAACAGCUGAGGGUUUGGAAACAACCACAGACAACUCUCUUACAACUACCCCAGAUGCAACUGCAACAACUAGUGACUCUGCCACAACAGCUGAGAGUUCAGACACAACCACAGACAACUCUCUUACAACCACUAGUGAUUCUGGCACAACAGCUGAGAGUUCAGACACAACCACAGACAACUCUCUUACAACCACUAGUGAUUCUGUCACAACAGCUGAAAGUUCAGAAACAACCACAGACAACUCUCUUACAACCACUAGUCAUUCUGGCACAACAGCUGAGAGUUUGGAAACAACCACAGACAACUCUCUUACAACCACUAGUCAUUCUGUCACAACAGCUGAGAGUUCGGAAACAACCACAGACAACUCUCUUACAACCACUAGUCAUUCUGGCACAACAGCUGAGAGUUCGGAAACAACCACAGACAACUCUCUUACAACCACUAGUGAUACUGGCACAACAGCUGAGAGUUCGGAAACAACCACAGACAACUCUCUUACAACCACUAGUCAUUCUGGCACAACAGCUGAGAGUUCGGAAACAACCACAGACAACUCUCUUACAACCACUAGUGAUUCUGCCACAACAGCUGAGAGUUUAGAAACAACCACAGACAACUCUCUUACAACCACUAGUGACUCUGCCACAACAGCUGAGAGUUCAGACACAACCACAGACAACUCUCUUACAACCACUAGUGAUUCUGGCACAACAGCUGAGAGUUCAGACACAACCACAGACAACUCUCUUACAACCACUAGUGAUUCUGUCACAACAGCUGAAAGUUCAGAAACAACCACAGACAACUCUCUUACAACCACUAGUCAUUCUGGCACAACAGCUGAGAGUUUGGAAACAACCACAGACAACUCUCUUACAACCACUAGUGAUUCUGUCACAACAGCUGAGAGUUCGGAAACAACCACAGACAACUCUCUUACAACUACCCCAGAUGCAACUGCAACAACUAGUGACUCUGCCACAACAGCUGAGAGUUCAGACACAACCACAGACAACUCUCUUACGACCACUAGUGAUUCUGGCACAACAGCUGAGAGUUCAGAAACAACCACAGACAUCUCUCUUACGUCAACUAGUGAUUCUGGCACUACAGCUGAGAGUUCAGACACAACCACAGACAACUCUCUCACGACCACUAGUCAUUCUGGCACUACAGCUGAGAGUUCGGAAACAACGACAUACAACUCUCUUACAACCACUAGUGAUUCUGGCACAACAGCUGAGAGUUCGGAAACAACCACAGACAACUCUCUUACGUCAACUAGUGAUUCUCGCACUACAGCUGAGAGUUUAGACACAACCACAGACAACUCUCUCACGACCACUAGUGAUUCUGGCACAACAGCUGAGAGUUCGGAAACAACCACAGACAACUCUCUUACAACCACUAGUGAUUCUGGGACAACAGCUGAGGGUUCGGAAACAACCACAGACAACUCUCUUACAACUACCCCAGAUGCAACCGUAACAUCUACUGACUCUGCCACAACAGCUGUGAGUUCAGAAACCACCACAGACAACUCUCUUACAACCACUAGUGAUUCUGGCACAACAGCUGAGGGUUUGGAAACAACCACAGACAACUCUCUUACAACUACCCCAGAUGCAACCGCAACAACUACUGACUCUGCCACAACAGCUGUGAGUUCAGAAACCACCACAGACAACUCUCUGACAACCACUAGUGAUUCUGCCACAACAGCUGAUAGUUUGGAAACAACCACAGACAACUCUCUUACAACUACCCCAGAUGCAACCGUAACAACUACUGACUCUGCCACAACAGCUGUGAGUUCAGAAACAACCACAGACAACUCUCUUACGACCACUAGUGAUUCUGGCACAACAGCUGAGAGUUCAGAAACAACCACAGACAACUCUUUUACGACCACCAGUGAUUCUCGCACAACAGCUGAGAGUUCAGACACAACCACUAGUGAUUCUGGCACAACAGCUGAGAGUUCAGAAUCAACCACAGACAACUUUAUUACUACCAGUAGUGAUUCUGGCACUACAGCUGAGAGUUCAGAAACCACGACAGACAACUCUCUUACAACCACUAGUGACUCUGCCACAACAGCUGAGAGCUCGGAAACAACCACAGACAACUCUGUUACGACCACUAGUGAUUUUGGCACUACAGCUGAGAGUUCAGACACAACCACAGACAACUCUCUUACAACCACUAGUGAUUCUGCCACAACAGCUGAGAGUUCAGAAACAACCACAGAAAACUCUCUUACGACCACUAGUGAUUCUGGCACAACAGCUGUGAGUUCAGAAACCACGACAGACAACUCUCUUACAACCACUAGUGACUCUGCCACAACAGCUGAGAGCUCGGAAACAACCACAGACAACUCUUUUACAACCACUAGUGAUUCUGGUACUACAGCUGAGAGUUCGGAAACAACCACAGACAACUCUCUUACAACCACUAGUGAUUCUGGCACUACAGCUGAGAGUUCAGACACAACCACAGACAACUCUCUUACAACCACUAGUGAUUCUGGCACUACAGCUGAGAGUUCGGAAACAACCACAGACAACUCUCUUACAACUACCCCAGAUGCAACCGUAACAACUACUGACUCUGCCACAACAGCUGUGAGUUCAGAAACAACCACAGACAACUCUCUUACAUCCACUAGUGAUUCUGGCACAACAGCUGAGAGUUUGGAAACAACGACAUACAACUCUCUUACAACCACUAGUGAUUCUGGCACAACAGCUGAGAGUUCGGAAACAACCACAGACAACUCUCUUACAACCACUAGUGAUACUGGCACAACAGCUGAGAGUUCGGAAACAACCACAGACAACUCUCUUACAACCACUAGUGAUUCUGCCACAACAGCUGAGGGUUCGGAAACAACCACAGACAACUCUCUUACAACUACCCCAGAUGCAACCGUAACAUCUACUGACUCUGCCACAACAGCUGUGAGUUCAGAAACCACCACAGACAACUCUCUUACAACCAGUAGUGAUUCUGGCACAACAGCUGAGAGUUCAGAAACAACCACAGACAACUCUCUUACGACCACUAGUGAUUCUGGCACUACAGCUGAGAGUUCAGACACAACCACAGACAACUUUGGUACAACCACUAGUGAUUCUAGCACAACAGCUGUGAGUUCAGAAACCACGACAGACAACUCUCUUACGACCACUAGUGAUUCUGGCACAACAGCUGAUAGUUUGGAAACAACCACAGACAACUCUCUUACAACCACUAGUGAUUCUGGCACAACAGCUCAGAGUUCGGAAACAACCACAGACAACUCCCUUACAACCACUAGUGAUUCUGGCACAACAGCUGAGAGUUCAGACACAACCACAGACAACUCUGUUACAACCACUAGUGAUUCUGGCACUACAGCUGAGAGUUCAGACACAACCACAGACAACUCUCUUACAACCAUUAGUGAUUCUGGCACUACAGCUGAGAGUUCGGAAACAACCACAGACAACUCUCUUACAACUACCCCAGAUGCAACCGUAACAACUACUGACUCUGCCACAACAGCUGUGAGUUCAGAAACAACCACAGACAACUCUCUUACAUCCACUAGUGAUUCUGGCACAACAGCUGAGAGUUUGGAAACAACGACAUACAACUCUCUUACAACCACUAGUGAUUCUGGCACAACAGCUGAGAGUUCGGAAACAACCACAGACAACUCUCUUACAACCACUAGUGAUACUGGCACAACAGCUGAGAGUUCGGAAACAACCACAGACAACUCUCUUACAACCACUAGUGAUUCUGCCACAACAGCUGAGGGUUCGGAAACAACCACAGACAACUCUCUUACAACUACCCCAGAUGCAACCGUAACAUCUACUGACUCUGCCACAACAGCUGUGAGUUCAGAAACCACCACAGACAACUCUCUUACAACCAGUAGUGAUUCUGGCACAACAGCUGAGAGUUCAGAAACAACCACAGACAACUCUCUUACGACCACUAGUGAUUCUGGCACUACAGCUGAGAGUUCAGACACAACCACAGACAACUCUCUUACAACCACCAGUGAUUCUGCCACAACAGCUGAGAGUUCGAAAACAACCACAGACAACUCUCUUACAACCACUAGUGAUUCUGGCACUACAGCUGAGAGUUCAGACACAACCACAGACAACUCUCUUACAACCACUAGUGAUUCUGCCACAACAGCUGAGAGUUCAGAAACAACCACAGAAAACUCUCUUACGACCACUAGUGAUUCUGGCACAACAGCUGAGAGUUCGGAAACAACCACAGACAACUCUCUUACAACCACUAGUGACUCUGCCACAACAGCUGAGAGCUCGGAAACAACCACAGACAACUCUUUUACAACCACUAGUGAUUCUAGCACAACAGCUGAGAGUUCAGACACAACCACAGACAACUCUCUUACGACCACUAGUGAUUCUGGCACUACAGCUGAGAGUUCAGACACAACCACAGACAACUCUCUUACAACCACUAGUGAUCCUGGCACAACAGCUCAGAGUUCGGAAACAACCACAGACAACUCCCGUACAACCACUAGUGAUUCUGGCACAACAGCUGAGAGUUCAGACACAACCACAGACAACUCUGUUACAACCACUAGUGAUUCUGGCACUACAGCUGAGAGUUCAGACACAACCACAGACAACUCUCUUACAACCACUAGUGAUUCUGGCACUACAGCUGAGAGUUCGGAAACAACCACAGACAACUCUCUUACAACUACCCCAGAUGCAACCGUAACAACUACUGACUCUGCCACAACAGCUGUGAGUUCAGAAACAACCACAGACAACUCUCUUACAUCCACUAGUGAUUCUGGCACAACAGCUGAGAGUUUGGAAACAACGACAUACAACUCUCUUACAACCACUAGUGAUUCUGGCACAACAGCUGAGAGUUCGGAAACAACCACAGACAACUCUCUUACAACCACUAGUGAUACUGGCACAACAGCUGAGAGUUCGGAAACAACCACAGACAACUCUCUUACAACCACUAGUGAUUCUGCCACAACAGCUGAGGGUUCGGAAACAACCACAGACAACUCUCUUACAACUACCCCAGAUGCAACCGUAACAUCUACUGACUCUGCCACAACAGCUGUGAGUUCAGAAACCACCACAGACAACUCUCUUACAACCAGUAGUGAUUCUGGCACAACAGCUGAGAGUUCAGAAACAACCACAGACAACUCUCUUACGACCACUAGUGAUUCUGGCACUACAGCUGAGAGUUCAGACACAACCACAGACAACUCUCUUACAACCACCAGUGAUUCUGCCACAACAGCUGAGAGUUCGAAAACAACCACAGACAACUCUCUUACAACCACUAGUGAUUCUGGCACUACAGCUGAGAGUUCAGACACAACCACAGACAACUCCCUUACAACCACUAGUGAUUCUGCCACAACAGCUGAGAGUUCAGAAACAACCACAGAAAACUCUCUUACGACCACUAGUGAUUCUGGCACAACAGCUGAGAGUUCGGAAACAACCACAGACAACUCUCUUACAACCACUAGUGACUCUGCCACAACAGCUGAGAGCUCGGAAACAACCACAGACAACUCUUUUACAACCACUAGUGAUUCUGGUACUACAGCUGAGAGUUCAGACACAACCACAGACAACUCUCUUACGACCACUAGUGAUUCUGGCACUACAGCUGAGAGUUCAGACACAACCACAGACAACUCUCUUACAACCACUAGUGAUUCUGGCACAACAGCUGAGAGUUCAGAAACAACCACAGACAACUCUCUUACGACCACUAGUGAUUCUGGCACAACAGCUGAGAGUUCGGAAACAACCACAGACAACUCUCUUACAACCACUAGUGACUCUGCCACAACAGCUGAGAGCUCGGAAACAACCACAGACAACUCUUUUACAACCACUAGUGAUUCUGGUACUACAGCUGAGAGUUCAGACACAACCACAGACAACUCUCUUACGACCACUAGUGAUUCUGGCACUACAGCUGAGAGUUCAGACACAACCACAGACAACUCUUUUACAACCACUAGUGAUCCUGGCACAACAGCUGAGAGUUCGGAAACAACCACAGACAACUCUCUUACAACCACUAGUGAUUCUGGCACAACAGCUGAGGGUUCAGAAACAACCACAGACAACUCUCUUACAACCACUAGUGAUCCUGGCACAACAGCUGAGAGUUCGGAACCAACCACAGACAACUCUCUUACAACUACCCCAGAUGCAUCCGUAACACCUAGUGUUUCUGGCACAACAGCUGAGAGUUCGGAAACAACCACAGACAACUCUCUUACAACUACAUCAGAUGCAACUGCAACAACUAGUGAUUCUGGCACAACAGCUGAGAGUUCGGAAACAACCACAGACAACUCUCUUACAUCAACUAGUGAUUCUCGCACUACAGCUGAGAGUUUAGACACAACCACAGACAACUCUCUCACGACCACUAGUGAUUCUGGCACAACAGCUGAGAGUUCGGAAACAACCACAGACAACUCUCUUACAACCACUAGUGAUUCUGGGACAACAGCUGAGGGUUCGGAAACAACCACAGACAACUCUCUUACAACUACCCCAGAUGCAACCGUAACAUCUACUGACUCUGCCACAACAGCUGUGAGUUCAGAAACCACCACAGACAACUCUCUUACAACCACUAGUGAUUCUGGCACAACAGCUGAGGGUUUGGAAACAACCACAGACAACUCUCUUACAACUACCCCAGAUGCAACCGCAACAACUACUGACUCUGCCACAACAGCUGUGAGUUCAGAAACCACCACAGACAACUCUCUCACGACCACUAGUCAUUCUGGCACAACAGCUGAUAGUUUGGAAACAACCACAGACAACUCUCUUACAACUACCCCAGAUGCAACCGUAACAACUACUGACUCUGCCACAACAGCUGUGAGUUCAGAAACAACCACAGACAACUCUCUUACGACCACUAGUGAUUCUGGCACAACAGCUGAGAGUUCAGAAACAACCACAGACAACUCUUUUACGACCACCAGUGAUUCUCGCACAACAGCUGAGAGUUCAGACACAACCACUAGUGAUUCUGGCACAACAGCUGAGAGUUCAGAAUCAACCACAGACAACUUUAUUACUACCAGUAGUGAUUCUGGCACAACAGCUGAGAGUUCGGAAACAACCACAGACAACUCUGUUACGACCACUAGUGAUUUUGGCACUACAGCUGAGAGUUCAGACACAACCACAGACAACUCUCCUACAACCACUAGUGAUUCUGGUUCAACAGCUGAGAGUUCACACACAACCACAGACAACUUUGGUACAACCACUAGUGAUUCUAGCACAACAGCUGUGAGUUCAGACACAACCACAGACAACUCUCUUACAACCACUAGUGAUUCUGGCACUACAGCUGAGAGUUCGGAAACAACCACAGACAACUCUCUUACAACUACCCCAGAUGCAACCGUAACAACUACUGACUCUGCCACAACAGCUGUGAGUUCAGAAACAACCACAGACAACUCUCUUACAUCCACUAGUGAUUCUGGCACAACAGCUGAGAGUUUGGAAACAACGACAUACAACUCUCUUACAACCACUAGUGAUACUGGCACAACAGCUGAGAGUUCGGAAACAACCACAGACAACUCUCUUACAACCACUAGUGAUUCUGCCACAACAGCUGAGGGUUCGGAAACAACCACAGACAACUCUCUUACAACUACCCCAGAUGCAACCGUAACAUCUACUGACUCUGCCACAACAGCUGUGAGUUCAGAAACCACCACAGACAACUCUCUUACAACCAGUAGUGAUUCUGGCACAACAGCUGAGAGUUCAGAAACAACCACAGACAACUCUCUUACGACCACUAGUGAUUCUGGCACUACAGCUGAGAGUUCAGACACAACCACAGACAACUCUCUUACAACCACCAGUGAUUCUGCCACAACAGCUGAGAGUUCGAAAACAACCACAGACAACUCUCUUACAACCACUAGUGAUUCUGGCACAACAGCUGAGAGUUCAGAAACAACCACAGACAACUCUCUUACGACCACUAGUGAUUCUGGCACUACAGCUGAGAGUUCAGACACAACCACAGACAACUCUCUUACAACCACCAGUGAUUCUGCCACAACAGCUGAGAGUUCGAAAACAACCACAGACAACUCUCUUACAACCACUAGUGAUUCUGGCACAACAGCUGAGAGUUCGGAAACAACCACAGACAACUCUGUUACGACCACUAGUGAUUUUGGCACUACAGCUGAGAGUUCAGACACAACCACAGACAACUCUCCUACAACCACUAGUGAUUCUGGUUCAACAGCUGAGAGUUCACACACAACCACAGACAACUUUGGUACAACCACUAGUGAUUCUAGCACAACAGCUGUGAGUUCAGAAACCACGACAGACAACUCUCUUACGACCACUAGUGAUUCUGGCACAACAGCUGAUAGUUUGGAAACAACCACAGACAACUCUCUUACAACCACUAGUGAUUCUGGCACAACAGCUCAGAGUUCGGAAACAACCACAGACAACUCCCUUACAACCACUAGUGAUUCUGGCACAACAGCUGAGAGUUCAGACACAACCACAGACAACUCUGUUACAACCACUAGUGAUUCUGGCACUACAGCUGAGAGUUCAGACACAACCACAGACAACUCUCUUACAACCACUAGUGAUUCUGGCACUACAGCUGAGAGUUCGGAAACAACCACAGACAACACUCUUACAACUACCCCAGAUGCAACCGUAACAACUACUGACUCUGCCACAACAGCUGUGAGUUCAGAAACAACCACAGACAACUCUCUUACAUCCACUAGUGAUUCUGGCACAACAGCUGAGAGUUUGGAAACAACGACAUACAACUCUCUUACAACCACUAGUGAUUCUGGCACAACAGCUGAGAGUUCGGAAACAACCACAGACAACUCUCUUACAACCACUAGUGAUACUGGCACAACAGCUGAGAGUUCGGAAACAACCACAGACAACUCUCUUACAACCACUAGUGAUUCUGCCACAACAGCUGAGGGUUCGGAAACAACCACAGACAACUCUCUUACAACUACCCCAGAUGCAACCGUAACAUCUACUGACUCUGCCACAACAGCUGUGAGUUCAGAAACCACCACAGACAACUCUCUUACAACCAGUAGUGAUUCUGGCACAACAGCUGAGAGUUCAGAAACAACCACAGACAACUCUCUUACGACCACUAGUGAUUCUGGCACUACAGCUGAGAGUUCAGACACAACCACAGACAACUCUCUUACAACCACUAGUGAUUCUGGCACUACAGCUGAGAGUUCAGACACAACCACAGACAACUCCCUUACAACCACUAGUGAUUCUGCCACAACAGCUGAGAGUUCGGAACCAACCACAGACAACUCUCUUACAACCACUAGUGAUUCUGCCACAACAGCUGAGAGUUCAGAAACAACCACAGAAAACUCUCUUACGACCACUAGUGAUUCUGGCACAACAGCUGAGAGUUCGGAAACAACCACAGACAACUCUCUUACAACCACUAGUGACUCUGCCACAACAGCUGAGAGCUCGGAACCAACCACAGACAACUCUCUUACAACUACCCCAGAUGCAUCCGUAACACCUAGUGUUUCUGGCACAACAGCUGAGAGUUCAGACACAACCACAGACAACUCUCUUACAACCACUAGUGAUUCUGGCACAACAGCUGAGAGUUCAGAAACAACCACAGACAACUCUCUUACGACCACUAGUGAUUCUGGCACAACAGCUGAGAGUUCGGAAACAACCACAGACAACUCUCUUACAACCACUAGUGAUUCUGGUACUACAGCUGAGAGUUCAGACACAACCACAGACAACUCUCUUACGACCACUAGUGAUUCUGGCACUACAGCUGAGAGUUCAGACACAACCACAGACAACUCUCUUACAACCACUAGUGAUCCUGGCACAACAGCUGAGAGUUCGGAAACAACCACAGACAACUCUCUUACAACCACUUGUGAUCCUGGCACAACAGCUGAGAGUUCAGAAACAACCACAGACAACUCUCUUACGACCACUAGUGAUUCUGGCACAACAGCUGAGAGCUCGGAAACAACCACAGACAACUCUUUUACAACCACUAGUGAUUCUGGUACUACAGCUGAGAGUUCAGACACAACCACAGACAACUCUCUUACGACCACUAGUGAUUCUGGCACUACAGCUGAGAGUUCAGACACAACCACAGACAACUCUCUUACAACCACUAGUGAUCCUGGCACAACAGCUGAGAGUUCGGAAACAACCACAGACAACUCUCUUACAACCACUAGUGAUUCUGGCACAACAGCUGAGGGUUCAGAAACAACCACAGACAACUCUCUUACAACCACUAGUGAUCCUGGCACAACAGCUGAGAGUUCGGAACCAACCACAGACAACUCUCUUACAACUACCCCAGAUGCAUCCGUAACACCUAGUGUUUCUGGCACAACAGCUGAGAGUUCGGAAACAACCACAGACAACUCUCUUACAACUACAUCAGAUGCAACUGCAACAACUAGUGAUUCUGGCACAACAGCUGAGAGUUCGGAAACAACCACAGACAACUCUCUUACAUCAACUAGUGAUUCUCGCACUACAGCUGAGAGUUUAGACACAACCACAGACAACUCUCUCACGACCACUAGUGAUUCUGGCACAACAGCUGAGAGUUCGGAAACAACCACAGACAACUCUCUUACAACCACUAGUGAUUCUGGGACAACAGCUGAGGGUUCGGAAACAACCACAGACAACUCUCUUACAACUACCCCAGAUGCAACCGUAACAUCUACUGACUCUGCCACAACAGCUGUGAGUUCAGAAACCACCACAGACAACUCUCUUACAACCACUAGUGAUUCUGGCACAACAGCUGAGGGUUUGGAAACAACCACAGACAACUCUCUUACAACUACCCCAGAUGCAACCGCAACAACUACUGACUCUGCCACAACAGCUGUGAGUUCAGAAACCACCACAGACAACUCUCUCACGACCACUAGUCAUUCUGGCACAACAGCUGAUAGUUUGGAAACAACCACAGACAACUCUCUUACAACUACCCCAGAUGCAACCGUAACAACUACUGACUCUGCCACAACAGCUGUGAGUUCAGAAACAACCACAGACAACUCUCUUACGACCACUAGUGAUUCUGGCACAACAGCUGAGAGUUCAGAAACAACCACAGACAACUCUUUUACGACCACCAGUGAUUCUCGCACAACAGCUGAGAGUUCAGACACAACCACUAGUGAUUCUGGCACAACAGCUGAGAGUUCAGAAUCAACCACAGACAACUUUAUUACUACCAGUAGUGAUUCUGGCACAACAGCUGAGAGUUCGGAAACAACCACAGACAACUCUGUUACGACCACUAGUGAUUUUGGCACUACAGCUGAGAGUUCAGACACAACCACAGACAACUCUCCUACAACCACUAGUGAUUCUGGUUCAACAGCUGAGAGUUCACACACAACCACAGACAACUUUGGUACAACCACUAGUGAUUCUAGCACAACAGCUGUGAGUUCAGAAACCACGACAGACAACUCUCUUACGACCACUAGUGAUUCUGGCACAACAGCUGAUAGUUUGGAAACAACCACAGACAACUCUCUUACAACCACUAGUGAUUCUGGCACAACAGCUGAGAGUUCAGACACAACCACAGACAACUCUCUUACAACCACUAGUGAUUCUGGCACUACAGCUGAGAGUUCAGACACAACCACAGACAACUCUCUUACAACCACUAGUGAUUCUGGCACUACAGCUGAGAGUUCGGAAACAACCACAGACAACUCUCUUACAACUACCCCAGAUGCAACCGUAACAACUACUGACUCUGCCACAACAGCUGUGAGUUCAGAAACAACCACAGACAACUCUCUUACAUCCACUAGUGAUUCUGGCACAACAGCUGAGAGUUUGGAAACAACGACAUACAACUCUCUUACAACCACUAGUGAUUCUGGCACAACAGCUGAGAGUUCGGAAACAACCACAGACAACUCUCUUACAACCACUAGUGAUACUGGCACAACAGCUGAGAGUUCGGAAACAACCACAGACAACUCUCUUACAACCACUAGUGAUUCUGCCACAACAGCUGAGGGUUCGGAAACAACCACAGACAACUCUCUUACAACUACCCCAGAUGCAACCGUAACAUCUACUGACUCUGCCACAACAGCUGUGAGUUCAGAAACCACCACAGACAACUCUCUUACAACCACUAGUGAUUCUGGCACAACAGCUGAGAGUUCAGAAACAACCACAGACAACUCUCUUACGACCACUAGUGAUUCUGGCACUACAGCUGAGAGUUCAGACACAACCACAGACAACUCUCUUACAACCACCAGUGAUUCUGCCACAACAGCUGAGAGUUCGAAAACAACCACAGACAACUCUCUUACAACCACUAGUGAUUCUGGCACUACAGCUGAGAGUUCAGACACAACCACAGACAACUCCCUUACAACCACUAGUGAUUCUGCCACAACAGCUGAGAGUUCGGAACCAACCACAGACAACUCUCUUACAACCACUAGUGAUUCUGCCACAACAGCUGAGAGUUCAGAAACAACCACAGAAAACUCUCUUACGACCACUAGUGAUUCUGCCACAACAGCUGAGAGUUCGGAAACAACCACAGACAACUCUCUUACAACCACUAGUGACUCUGCCACAACAGCUGAGAGCUCGGAAACAACCACAGACAACUCUUUUACAACCACUAGUGAUUCUGGUACUACAGCUGAGAGUUCAGACACAACCACAGACAACUCUCUUACGACCACUAGUGAUUCUGGCACAACAGCUGAGAGUUCAGACACAACCACAGACAACUCUCUUACAACCACUAGUGAUCCUGGCACAACAGCUGAGAGUUCGGAACCAACCACAGACAACUCUCUUACAACCACUAGUGAUUCUGGCACAACAGCUGAGGGUUCAGAAACAACCACAGACAACUCUCUUACAACCACUAGUGAUCCUGGCACAACAGCUGAGAGUUCGGAACCAACCACAGACAACUCUCUUACAACUACCCCAGAUGCAUCCGUAACACCUAGUGUUUCUGGCACAACAGCUGAGAGUUCGGAAACAACCACAGACAACUCUCUUACAACUACAUCAGAUGCAACUGCAACAACUAGUGAUUCUGGCACAACAGCUGAGAGUUCAGACACAACCACAGACAACUCUCUUACAACCACUAGUGAUUCUGGCACAACAGCUGAGGGUUUGGAAACAACCACAGACAACUCUCUUACAACUACCCCAGAUGCAACCGUAACAACUAGAGACUCUGCCACAACAGCUGAGAGUUCAGAAACAACCACAGACAACUCUCUUACAACCACUAGUCAUUCUGGCACAACAGCUGAGAGUUCAGAAACCACCACAGACAACUCUCUUACAACCACUAGUGAUUCUGGCACAACAGCUGAGAGUUCAGACACAACCACAGACAACUCUCUUACAACCACUAGUGAUUCUGGCACAACAGCUGAGAGUUCAGACACAACCACAGACAACUCUCUUACAACCACUAGUGAUUCUGGCACAACAGCUGAGAGCUCAGACACAACCACAGACAACUCUCUUACAACCACUAGUGAUUCUGGCACAACAGCUGAGAGUUCAGACACAACCACAGACAACUCUCUUACAACCACUAGUGAUUCUGUCACAACAGCUGAGGGUUCGGAAACAACCACAGACAACUCUCUUACAACUACCCCAGAUGCAACCGUAACAACUAGAGACUCUGCCACAACAGCUGUGAGUUCGGAAACAACCACAGACAACUCUCUUACAACCACUAGUGAUUCAGGCACAACAGCUGAGAGUUCGGAAACAACCACAGACAACUCCCUUACAACCACUAGUGAUUCUGGCACAACAGGUGAGAGUUCAGACACAACCACAGACAACUCCCUUACAACCACUAGUGAUUCUGCCACUACAGCUGAGAGUUCAGAAACAACCACACACAACCCUCUUACGACCACUAGUGAUUCUGCCACUACAGCUGAGAGUUUAGAAACAACCACAGACAACUCUCUUACAACAACUAGUGAUCCUGGCACAACAGCUGAGAGUUUGGAAACAACCACAGACAACUCUCUUACAACCACUAGUGAUCCUGGCACAACAGCUGAGAGUUCGGAACCAACCACAGACAACUCUCUUACAACUACCCCAGAUGCAUCCGUAACAACUAGUGAUUCUGGCACAACAGGUGAGAGUUCGGAAACAACCACAGACAACUCUCUUACAACUACAUCAGAUGCAACUGCAACAACUAGUGAUUCUGGCACAACAGCUGAGAGUUCAGACACAACCACAGACAACUCCCUUACAACCACUAGUGAUUCUUCCACAACAGCUGAGAGUUCAGAAACAACCACACACAACCCUCUUACAACCACUAGUGAUUCUGGCACAACAGCUGAGAGUUUAGAAACAACCACAGACAAUUCUCUUACAACCACUAGUGAUUCUGCCACAACAGCUGAGAGUUCGGAAACAACCACAGACAACUCUCUUACAGCUACCCCAGAUGCAACCGUAACAACUAGUGACUCUGUCACAACAGCAGAGAGUUUGGAAACCACCACAGAAAACUCUCUUACAUCCACAUCAGCAGCCACAACAACAGAUGCCACAGAAAAAACCACUAUAACUCCAACUACAAAACAACCUGUAUCAUGUCAAAAUGGUGGAACUCCAACAGACAAUGGCUGUUUCUGCGCCCCUGGUUUUAUAGGAGGGUAUUGCGACAGUGUUGUAUCUGAAAUCACAGGUCCAAAUAAAAUUGAAAGGAUAGUCCUUGCUGACCUAGACAUAAACAAAAAUUAUAUCGCUGAAUACAAAAAUACAUCCUCAAAAGAAUAUAAAGAUUUUGUGCAAAACUUCAUUUCACAGAUGACACCAUACUACAAAACCAGGAUUGAUAACUUCUCGAAUAUAACAAAUGUAACACUGAGUGAAGGAAAACCUUUCAACAGCCGAAUGCAGAGCAAGUGGAUAGAGAAAGCACCUAAAAGUGUGAAUGUUAAGCAUGAUAUUGUUGUGGAAAUUGAAAACUAUGCUAGUGAAAAGUAUGACAAGCUCUUUGUGACCAUCCAAGAAGCUGUUCAAUCACUUACAAAUUGUACUCCCACGUCAAAUGCCUGCCCAAGCUUUACUGUUACUGAGGUCCAGGUCAACAAAACUGAACUGACUGAAAAAGAGUUCUGUGAGCAAGUUACAGCAAUGCUUCCUGAGGAGUAUCGUCACUAUUUUUCUCCCGUUACUGUGCUGGGCAAAUUAACAUGUGUCAAUCAAUGUCAUCGUGAUCAUCCUUCUCCAAAGAUCUGCAUGAACAAAGGUACCUGUGAGGUUUCCAAGCAAGGACCAGCCUGCUACUGUCUUCACUCAGAUGCAAAUUGGUAUCUUGGAGAAGAUUGCAAGUACCAAGUUCACAAAGUGGGCGUCUAUGCUGGAAUGGCAGUUGUCACUGUGGUUUUAGUAUUAGCUGUAGUGGUGUUUUCUGCAUAUGUCUUGCUUAAUAAAAGGAAACAGAAGAGGAAUAAAGACAAUAAGGAAGCUCUUGUGAAUCAGUGGAUAGAUGAUGACUUUGAGUGGCCCUCACAAAAAAGAUCAAACGAAUCUCAUUCAGUGGUUGAUGAAACAUAUGAUAAUCCUGCACAGUCAAAUGAGGAGAAUACCAGCCAGAAUACCACACCUCAUAGAACAGCCUCUUCCACCCAUCCUUCUUCCCCCCAAUUCAACUUGCCUCAAAAUGUAAUUCCAUUUCAGUAUCUGGGCAGCAAUCACCCUAUGAGAAUCAGCAAGCCUCAGAUCCACACCUCUUCUUCAAGGCCAGAAAUAUAUAACUUUGAUGUAUGAUAUUUAACAUCAUCACACAUUCACAAAACUAAAAACUACUGUUAAAAAUUGUUUGCCUCCACAGAGAAAAGCAUUAAAAUACUCUAGAGAAGGUGAUUAUUUUUGCUUUUUGCUACAAAUUCCACAGAUCAUUCUAAAUACUUUUAUACUAUUUUUUAUUUACAUAUUGCAUUUUGCAUUUUGAUAGCUAAAAAUAAUGACAUGAUGACAAGACAUAAGAAGCCCUUUUGCUAGAACACAAGCAUGAAUAAAAUACAAAUUUCAUGUUUUACUUGAAAAAAUCUUUAAAAAUCUUACAGUAUAUGUUUAGACUAUAUAUCUUUGCACUAUUAUACUGUAUAUUUUAUAAUGUCUGUAUUAAUAAUUUAUAUCAUCGUCUCUUACAUUAUU